AGAUCAGGGUUAGUCAGUCCGUGAGCGAGCCACAGCCUCUCUGUCACUCACGCUGUUUGUGCACACCGCUCCCAUGCGUCGGCGGCGAAGGUUAGCGGAGCACAUAAGGUGUUGACGCUGGUCGGGGAUUUCCCCCCUCCCUUUUUUUUCUGUUACAAUGGAUACCUACAGGGUACGAGCAUGGGUGUUUCUAAUGUUGUUAUGGCAGGACAGCUCUUUCGCAUCGCAGUUUCCGACACAGCUCAUGAUUAAAGAAUGGGUUGAUCAGAUGCAGAAAGAACUCGUCACCCUGGCAGACACGGCCGCAGCUGGGAAGAGCCUCACUCAGAUUUUCCUGAGAAACCAACACCUGUACACUGUGGAGCAAAAUGAUGCAGAGGAGCUGGUGACCAGAGCAGCCAGGAACAUUGAACAGCUACUGCGGAAAAGGUCGGCUGCCUUGGAGAAAUUGGCCACAGCUGCUGAGAACUUCCAAAUGGAGCAUCAGUGGAAAGAUGUGUUUGAGGAUGAAGAAAUCGCCUACUACAAUGCAAAGGACAAUCUGGAUGUAAAUGAGACAGAGGGAAGGAAAUAUAGAAUUCGACCAGACUUUAAAGAGGACCCGGCGUUUAAACGUUUGACUGAUUACAACCACACAGCUGUUCACAUCCCUACUGACAUCUAUGAUGGCUCCACUAUUGUGCUGAAUGAGCUGAACUGGACAGAGGCACUGGAGGAUGUGUUUAGAAAGAACAGGGAUGAUGACCCGACCCUUCUCUGGCAGGUGUUUGGUAGCGCUACAGGCCUGGCUCGCUACUACCCAGCCUCUCCCUGGAUGGAUCCUCGUAAGACCCCCAGUAAAAUUGACCUGUAUGAUGUCCGCAGGAGGCCAUGGUACAUUCAAGGAGCUGCCUCACCCAAAGAUAUGCUAAUUCUUGUAGACGCGAGUGGGAGUGUAUCUGGCUUGACUCUCAAACUGAUCAGGACCUCUGUCAGUGAGAUGCUAGAGACUCUGUCUGAUGAUGAUUACGUCAAUGUAGUUUAUUUUAACAACAGGGUGAAGAAGACAGCAUGUUUUGACCAUCUGGUUCAAGCCAAUGUGAGGAACAAAAAGCUGCUGAAGGAUGCUGUUCAGAACAUCACAGCUAAAGGAAUUACAAACUACACAAAAGGCUUCGAGUUUGCUUUUGAGCAACUCUCUGCGACUAAUGUGAGCAGAGCAAACUGCAACAAGAUUAUCAUGCUGUUUACGGAUGGUGGAGAGGAAAGAGCUCAGGCCAUACUGGAGAAAUACAAUGCUGACAAAAAGGUGAGGAUCUUCACCUUCUCAGUAGGACAACACAACUAUGAUAAAGGACCCAUUCAGUGGAUGGCCUGUUCCAACAAAGGCUACUUCUAUGAGAUCCCUUCCAUCGGAGCCAUUAGAAUAAACACGCAGGAGUACUUGGAUGUCCUGGGAAGACCCAUGGUUUUGGCAGACAAACAAGCCAAACAAGUCCAAUGGACUAAUGUGUACCUUGAUGCUCUGGAACUGGGUCUGGUCAUCACCGGAACACUCCCUGUCUUCAAUAAAACCACGACCAAAGAUGACAGGAAUGGCGAGCACCAGAAUCAGUUGAUUCUUGGCGUAAUGGGGAUUGAUGUGUCUCUGAAUGACAUCAAAAAGCUCACACCACGCUUCACAAUUGGGCCAAAUGGAUACUACUUUGCCAUUGAUCCCAAUGGAUAUGUCCUGCUGCAUCCCAAUCUCCAGCCAAAGAAUCCUAAAUUCCAGGAACCGGUUACUCUCGACUUUCUGGACGCUGAGCUGGAGAAUGACAUCAAAGUGGAGAUCAGGAAAAUGAUGAUCAAUGGUGAGACAGGCGAACGCACCAUUCACACUCUGGUGAAGACUCAAGAUGAGCGGUAUAUAGAUAGAGGAGUGAGGACCUACACAUGGGCGCCAGUCAAUGGAACAGAUUACAGCCUGGCUCUCGCUCUGCCUAAAUACAGUGAACAUUUCAUUCAAGCAAAACUGGGAGAUGACAUGAAACAAGCUAUGUCUUCUGCUUGGGGGCAAAGAGCUAUGGAGACUAUACAGCUGGACAGGUUUGAUGAGUUUGGUUACACCUACAUUGCUCCAAGGGAAUACUGCAAAGAGCUUAAGUUGUCAAACAACAACACCCAGUUCCUCCUCGACUUCAACCAGUACAUUGAUAGGAAGACUCCAGAUGCAUGUAACUUGGCCCUUGUGAGUCGACUGAUCCUGGAUGCAGGUCUGACAGCUGAACUGGUUAAACUUUGGAAUGAGCAGCCAGUGGAUGGGACUGUGGCCAGGUUUGUAGCCACAGAUGGAGGAAUUACAAGAGUAUAUCCAAGAAGCGCUGGGGAAGAAUGGACUGAGAAUCCUGAGACAUAUGAGUCCAGCUUCUACAAGAGGACCCUGGACAAUGAAAUUUAUAUUUUCACAGCUCCAUUGUUCAACACAGAGGGCAGAGAGCCUGUUUCUGAGUCAGGAAUUCUAGUGAGCAAAGCAGUGGAUCUCACCAUUGAUGAUGUCACGCUCAAGCCAGCAGUGGUGGGAGUGAAACUCAAUGUCUCAUUCUGGAUGAACAUUUUCAUGAAUGCUACUCUGAAACUGAAUUGCAAGGAUGAAAUCUGUGGUUGUCUGAGGAAUGACAAGCAUGUGGACUGUGUGAUCCUGGAUGAUGGAGGAUUUCUUCUCAUGUCCAAUCAGGAUGAGUAUAUCACCUUGAUAGGUCAGUUUUUUGGUGAGGUGGAUCCGGUGCUGAUGAUCAACCUGGUUAACACGUCCCUGUAUUCCUUCAAUAAGACCUAUGAUUACCAGAGUGUCUGUGACCCAGAGAAGGACAGCAAGGCUGCAGCAGGGCCCCGAUCCAUCUAUGUGCCUACUAUUGCAGAUGUGCUCAGUAUUGGCUGGUGGGCCUCCAGCGCUGCCUGGUCAGUACUUCAGCACCUCUUUUUUGGGCUAAUGUUCCCCAGCCUUCUAGAGGCAGUGGACUCAGCAGAUGAAGACAUACCAGAUGCUAUGUUUAAGGAAAGCUGUAUCACAGAGCAGACUCAAUACUUCUUUGACAAUGAUGAAAGAUCCUACUCAGGUGUCCUGGACUGUGGGAACUGUUCCAGGAUGUAUCGUGCUGAGAAGCUGCCAAACACCAACCUGGUGUUCCUAAUCACUGAUGCCAAGGCAACAUGUUUGUCAUGUGACCCCAGACCACUACGACAGGCUGAACAACCCUCUGAAGGUCCAGAUCCAUGCGAGCUGGCUCAGAACCCCAGAUACCGCAAAGGGCCGGAUGUGUGUUUUGACAACAAUGAAAAUGAAGAUGAUUCUGACUGUGGAGGAGGGACCUGCCUAAGCCCAUGUUUUUGGCCAGUGCUCGCGCUCCAAGUGCUGUUGUUGUGGAUCAUCACAUCCUUUCAACACUCAUGACCCUCACACACACUCAUACACUUACACACUGAUCAUCAUCUUGUUUCACAAGAGGCCAGAAGACACUCCAGUUAUGCCAUACAGGAUGUAUGCUGAAGAUCCGCAAGACUUUUAUUUUUCCCCUUGACAGCCGGUAUCAGUGGUUCCAUUUUCCAAUGCCAAAGGGUGCUCAUUCAUUUCCUCCUCAUCAUUUUCAAAAAUAGACACAUAAUAACUGUGUCAGCUGCACACAUUUCCAUGAUACAGUAUACUCCUUAAUACUCUCCUAUGGUGCAAGAGUAAGAGCUAACCAAACCCUUUAAUUCUGCCUCUUUUGUUUCUCUGAAUUAUUUAGCAGAAGUUGCAGAGUUACCCACUCACCCACUAUGCCAACUAAAUAUCAUUCAAAUACUGACUGCAUUGAUUUGUGUAGUUGUCAAUAUUGUUUGUUGCUUAUUUAUUGCAAAUGAAUCAUUAUGCUGUAAUGAUUGUUUAUUUUGGCAACCAGUGUAAGUAUGAAAAUGCCUAUUUUGUUUUUAAAUGUAUGGUACCUAUCUACUUAUCUCUUUCAUUUUUGUACUUAAAACCAACAAGCAUUUCAUGAUUAGCUAGGUGUUGUAUUGUAGCAGCAUGUGCUCAGUACAGAGCUAAAGACAACACCAAUACUCUGACGCCAAAGCUCCACACAGUACCAAGGACCACAGAUGCAUAUACACAAACCUACUACAGAGAACCGGCUACUUUAUUUUAAGAGAUUUCUCAGAUGUCAGUGUACAUCAGUAUUCAAGUUACAGCAUUAGCUAGACAGAUAGAUACCUUUGACACCUUGCUGAGAAAUACAGAAAGUGAGGUCACAGAGAAUCAAAAUCUAUUAGAAUAUUAUAAUUUCAAAUAUAUUUGUACUUGGUCUGACAGCUUUGGUUGUCUUCAGUUCGAUGCAUCAAAUUCCCAGUGCCUACAUAGUAGCUCAAACUGUCUGUUAUUUGAAUAAAGCAAUGCAUCAGUUGUGUUCUUAUCAUGUAUGCUUCUAUUCUAAUGCUUGCUGCAGUAUAGCAGAGGGGAUAGCCCUUGCAGUUAUCUGUGGUGAAAUGGGCCAAAUCUGGUGCAGUUCUAAUGUAUGUGGUCCAGACAACAGUAGAAACACUCAGUGAUUUUGAUCAUGGGAGGAAAGAAAUAAUUUCUUCCAUAGUGAAAAAUCUAAACCAGACUUGAGCUUGCUUUCCAACACCUAGACUUUAUUAGUCCUGUUUCUGUUCCCUUUCUGGAUCACAAGACUCAGGAGCCAAGAUGACUUUUGAAUGAGAUCAGCAUAUCAAAAUGACUGUUUCUUUGCUUUUUCUCCUUGCUGUUCUCCUUAUGCUUGUUCCCUCUUUGUGUUGCUUUGUAAAGUGCUGUGAAGCAGCUACUGAAGACUCAGUGUUGACGGUGCAAUGUUAUGGGAUGAGCUUGUUCUGUGUUUGAAUGCUGUUUAUGCCCAUGGUCAGAGUCAGGGCCUGCUGGAGAGAAUAUAGUACUACCAGUGAUAAUUUUGCAUAGUCUUGAUUUGUCUUAAAAAUCACUGUACAUGUUUUACUGUUCCAUAUUUUUUAGCUAUUAUUAUUAUUUUAGCAAUUAAAGUUGAGUUCUCUCCACCUUGCCUUCAUGGUGACCUGCUGGUGUUGAGUGUUCAGGUUAUGCCUGUCUAUCAAAGUUGUGUGUUGACUUGUGUUUUACCCCAGGGGAGUCCUGUGUCUAUGUGCAGGCAUGUGCGUGUCCCUCUGAUAUCUGAUUGUGCUUUAAUACUGUACAUGAAUUACUCUUUUGUGGAACUUGACUGGCCUGAAUAAAUUUUGUAUACAUUUGUACGCCAAUACUAUUUACUGUAUAAAAAAAGGAAAAUGAAUGAAAAGAAAACUGUUUAUAAUAUGGUGUUGAAU